UCAAACUUCUUAAAUUGUAUUUUUUAUCUAGACAUGUAUGGAUUGGAAGCAAAUAAUUCAAAAACAUAGUCGUAAGAUCUUGAAUAGAAUAAGUAUGGACUUGAUGUUAGAAGCUUAUUUGACACACGAAUCAAGUCUCAUGGAUUUAGAAGAUAUACCACAAACAGUUGAUCCUGUAUGGAUACUAGGAAAAAAAUAUAGUACAAUUAUUGAUUUACAACAAAUUCGGAAUGAUAUUCAAUCCAGAUUAUGGUUUACUUAUCGGAAAGGUUUUGUUCAAAUUGGCAAUACAAAUUUCACCUCAGACAGAGGUUGGGGAUGUAUGUUACGAUGCGGACAGAUGGUUAUUGGGCAAGCUCUAAUUUUUUUACAUCUUGGAAGAGAUUGGCGCUGGGACCCAGAUAAGAGGGAUAUAGAUUACUUAAAAAUUCUAAGAAUGUUUGAAGAUAAGCGAUCUGCACCCUAUUCAAUUCAUCAAAUAGCUCUUAUGGGCGUAUCUCAUGGUAAGCAAGUUGGCGAGUGGUUUGGUCCAAACACAAUAGCUCAAGUGUUAAAAAAAUUAGCCACUAUGGAUGAAUUGAGCUCUCUUGUUUUUCAUGUAGCAUUAGACAACACACUAGUCAUUAAUGAAGUCAAAAAAUUAUGUACUGUGAUGGAACAAACUAACUCUAGUAAACAAAUUUGGAAACCUUUGGUACUAGUGAUUCCACUACGUUUAGGAAUAAGUGCAAUUAACCCUGCUUAUGUUCAAGGUGUUAAAAUGUGUUUCACUUUCCCACAAUCCUUGGGUGUGAUUGGUGGAAGACCUAACCACGCUCUUUAUUUUAUAGGUUUCGUAGGCAAUGAUGUAAUAUUUUUGGAUCCACACACAACACAGCAAAUAGGAAUGCUGCCGAACAAAGAUAUAGAAACCGAACAUAAAAUUGAUCAUUCGUAUCACUGCCAACAAAUUAACAGACUACCAAUCCUCAACAUGGACCCAUCACUUGCUGCCUGUUUCAUGUGCCAGACUGAAAACGAUUUUAAUGCACUGUGUCAUGAGCUAAAAGUACAUUUGGUGCAGUCUGAUCAAUCACCAUCACAACCGCUAAUCACUAUAUGUGAUGAACGGCCAUCUGAUUGGACGUUAGACACUUCUGGAACUCUAUCCACGUCGUCUGAAAAUGUUGCUGUGUCAUUAUCGGACUUGGAACUAAGUGACAAAAAAUUUCUAACUGAUUCAGACGACGAUUUUGAACUAUUGUGAUAUCUAUGAACCAAAAGGAUUCUUAAUAAUUCUCAACAUUCGUAUUUACAUAUGGCAUACAUACAUUUAUGCAUAAAAACAACGAAAAAUGAUAUUAUACACUUUUGAAGAGAUAAUAUUUAGUACUAUUCCUGGUUGGUGCCACAGUGAAUAUGUUUUGAUUGCCCUUCCAAUUAAAUGUUUUAUUAUUAUUAUUAUUAUUAUUCUUUUAUUAUUAUUAUCAUAAUUAUUAUUAAUUUAUUGUUAGUUUCAGUUAUGUUUUAUGUUAUAAUAUAUCAUUUUUCUUUAAAUAUUUAUGUUGUUACAAUGCACGGAUUAGUAAAAAGUGAAAUAUAAUUUACUAAUCAAUUAUCAAACUCGUUGAAACAAUGUGCAAAUCUUUAUUUUACGAUAUUUAAAUGAUCGAUUAUCAUUGAUUUUGUUGCUUAAUUUUCAUAAGAUUUAUUUAGGAAAUUAUUUCAGCUUUAAUGUUCUUUAUGUUAAACUAGUCUGUUAUGUUUAAUUUAUCGUAUGUAUGUAUACUUAAUUACACAAAAGAAAAGAAAAGAAAAAAGAAAUUGUUUCCUAUACACAUUAAGUAUGUUAAACUUAUUAUUUUGACCCAAAUAACCUAAUUUUAUCAUAUGUAUGUUAUAUGUAUGGUUAGUAUACGAUCAAUCAUUGUUUAACUUGGCUGCUAUAUAGCAAUAAAUAAUUGCAAUAAAAUAUGUUAAUAUUGUUGAAUUGUGUAAUACAAAUAAAUAAUAUUUAACUUGUAAAUGUAUAUGAAAAGAAACCAAAUUAAAAUAAAUAUAUUUUAUUUAUUCUUUGUA